GUUCCACAACGCUCGUGCGUCGCAGACUGAGGAGAUAAGACAGUUGCUUGUUUUGGUGCUGUGGAUAGGUAUUCACUACUUAAUGCAUUGUUUUCAGGAAUCCACAGUGAGGUACUAGCUUCGGAUUGUACUGCACCAACUUUAAGCGCCUGCCGCUGAAAAUGGCGAGUCUUUGGGGCAUUGCGAAACGAGGCGCAGCAAUUACCAAUAUGCACUCCACUACUUCACAACCAACAUCAACCAUCUGGGCAUCUUUUUAUCCUGAUUACGCUUCUUCGUCUCGUUUUGUACUAUAUUCUUCGACCAUGUCAUCCGAACCGCUCAACUUCGAACCCAUUAAAGACGAUGAACGGAGUGUGUUGAGUAGCGAUGCGCAACACGACAUCCUGAACUUGUUCGAAGCAGCUAUAAAUUCUUCAUUACAUCCCAACAUCGAUGAAAAAGCCGAGCGCUUUGUCAAGGACCUGGUGACAUUUGCCUCCGAGGGGAAUUCAGGAUUAGACGCAGAUUCUGUUGCUUCUGCGACAUGGAAAGUCUUGAUAAACGCUGCCAGCUGCAUCCCUUGUCGACACUGUGGCCAAGAUGUUCUUGUCAAGAUUGUUGGCUUGUUAGACACAGCUGGCGAUACUUGGAAAGAUUACCCCGGAUUUGGAAUUACCAUGAGGGAAAAUUGGAACCGCAGUCCCGUAUUCCAGAUUGACGACGAUGAUGAUGGAGGAGCAUUUACCUUGGAUGAAUGGCUCAACUUGAAUUCUUUCCUUGCCAGGUUGGGAGAGGACUUUAUCAGCUUUGGCCUCUGGGAAUUACGAAAUGGCAUGGAAGGUCGCAGUGCGGAAGAAAUGUUUACCCCUAAAGCUGUGGCCAACGCUCGUAUCCUUGUUGCUGCUGAGUGGAUUAUCCGAGGGGGGCGGGGACUGUUGCGAGAGUCUUUACUUAACGCCUUGUCACAUGAGCCUACCAGUGGGAAGCCUUGGGCUGGGGGACCUUUGUUUCCUGGCGCUAGGGGAUUUAAUCUUGAGCGAUGGCGCUUUUGGAAGCGCCGGUGAGGGGAGCUACGAGAGGAUGCUAUCGAAUCAAGUCAAAAGUCGAUCGAUGAAGCUGUCGAACUGAUGACGGUAUUAGAAGCUGAAGUUGCCGACGGUUGAGGUGUGAAUUAGGAAACGACACUGUCGACCCCAAUUAUCUUUUGAGUUCCGGUGA